GACCCAUCUGUUCCUCUUGUGCCAGAUCCAAAGAGAAAGAGAGGGAGAACGGACACACAGAAAGAAGAGGAAGGGAUGAAAAGUGGAUUAAAAUUGGCUGAGAGCACAGAAGAUUCCUUUUAAAUUUCACCCAAAAGUAUGUAGCCAAGAUGAAGAUGUGGAUUAUUUUCCUUUGCCUGAGCAACGACUGGAUACAAACGCCCUUCACUGCUGGUGUGACCCUGACACCCCCCUCUGCAAAAGUGACUCCUACUGAAGAUGAGAACAACCGACUUGUGGAUUGGUUGGUGAAAUUUGGCUACCUUCCACCCUCAGACCCCUCCACCGGACAGCUCCAGGCCUGGACAGCUGUCACUAACGCUGUCAGAAUUAUGCAGAGGUUUGCCGGCCUCAAAGACACUGGAAUUGUAGAUGAGGAGACAAUGGCUUUGAUGAACAGUCCACGCUGUUCCAUGCCAGACCAAGAGGAACCAUCCAAAUCCCCUGACAACCAAGAGAGGAGAAACAAGAGAAGGAGAAGGACUAUUUCCAUGUGGACACGCAGGAACAUUAACUGGAGGUUGCAUUCAUAUCCCUCCUCCUCCCAUCUGUCCCGGGAAACAAUUCGCUCACUGGUCUUCUAUGCCUUAAGAGUAUGGGCAGAGCCGACAACCCUGGAGUUCCAUGAGGUAAGUAGUCCACAUGCAGCUGACCUGCAGAUAGAUUUCUUCCAUGGUUACCACGGCGAUGGCUAUCCCUUUGAUGGGGCAGGUGGUGCAGUCGGCCAUGCUUUUUUCCCAUCAGACCCUACUCGGGCAGGAGGAGUUCAUUUGGACGCAGAAGAGGAGUGGGCCUUCAGACAACUAGCUUCUGAGGGUACUGACCUGUUCACAGUACUGGUGCAUGAGUUUGGCCAUGCACUUGGCCUGGCUCACUCCUCAUCACGCCACUCAGUGAUGAGGCCUUACUACCAGGGUCCUGCUGGUGACCCCCUCCACUACCACCUGGGACCCAAUGAUCUGGAGGACAUCACCCAGCUCUAUGGUAAACGGAGCCUGCUGCCCCCUACAGAUGCUUCUCACUUUGCACCAGAGCCUCAAUUGCACCACAGAGCUACACACCACCAUGACCACAGAUAUGGCUCCUCCUUAGAUCGAUGUAACACCAGUUUUGACGUUGUGGCAAGGAUAAGAGGAGAGAUAUUCUUAUUCAAAGGUCUGACGAUGUGGCGAGUCAGUGGUGCAGGUUUGGUGUCAGGUCACGGGGCUUCAGUCAGGAAACUGUGGCGGGGUCUACCUCCUGACUUGCCUCGACUUCAUGCCGUGCUGGAGAGACCAUCAGAUCAUGCUAUCAUCUUUAUCAGUGGCUCCAGAUUCUGGCUGUUCAAGGACCUGUCCCUGCAGGAAGGCUACCCUCAGCCCCUCUCUGCCCUCAGGAUGGGGCUACGUAUGGUUGGAGCAGGUGACGUUGAUGAUGAUGAUGAGAAAGCAGCAGCAGGGAGGUGGGGCCUGGUAUGGGAUCCAGAGGACGGUCCCAUGUGGGGAAACUUAGGAAAUGCUGAGGAAGAGAAACAAGAAGACACCUGGACUCAGCUGCUUAAAGAGGGAGUCAGUGGCAUCACGACAGACAGCAAUGGCUCAAUUUAUCUCUUCAAAGGAGACUCUUACUGGAAGUUCAUGUCUCCAGGUUCGUCACCACAGGAUGGAUACCCACGAUCCUCGGCUGAGGACUGGCUGGACUGCCCUGAUUCCACCUCUUCCUCAUCUGUUGUGGAGGACCUCUCCUUGAAUCUGUCUCCACCUGCAGGAAGACAGGGACUCAGGGAAAGAUGGAGGGAGGUAGAAGCAGGAAGAAGGAUGAGGGAGCAUGAGAGGGGCAAACUUGGAAAUACAGGUGAUGACAGACAGGACAGAAGUCCACAUUGGACACAGUGCACUUGUCAAAAUGGAGGACUGGGUGACAGGACAACAACUUGUAUUGGUGCCUUGCUGCUGGGCAUAUGGAUACCUUUGUUGUUUUAAAGCUUUAUAGAAUUAAGGCCAGCAGCCUUUUCAGGCUAUAAGAGACAACAUACACUCACGUGUGCAUUCAAUCUACUGACACAGUUUUGACGUGAAGAUUGACAAUAAUUCUCAUGAAUGUGAUUAAUCAAUGCAGAUGAUGUUACAAAACGUGGCAUCAUUACACUUAUUGAGUGUAAGUUCUUUUUUCUUAUCUUCCCUCUAAUUUUCUGAGGCCUCCUAGUGCCUCCCAGGGGGCUGCAGCCCCCACUUUGAAAAACACUGCCCUAAGGCAUUGUCAUCAGUACUCCAAUGUUAAAAAGGCCCUUUUGUCAGCUGUCCUGCAUCCGUUUACCUCUUUAAACUCUCGCCAACAAAUGAAAUGCCUGAUAUUUAUUUUUGUCCGGUUUCUAACUUGCUCACUUUCUGUUCUCCUCUUCUAUUCCUUCAACAAAGUCUUAUUUGGUCUCUUCAAAGGCUCAGUACUGAGAUGAUUUUUUUCUCAUUAGAUAUUGGUAAACUCCAAACAAACAAUUUGUUGGCAUGUGAUGAAUGCUGAAAUGUAAGUGUUCCUGCACAAUUACACUAGUGUUACACAGUGCCGUGGAGGGGAUGAUGCUACAGAUGAGGCCAAAUGAUCUAUUUCACUAUUAUAUGGCUUAUGAUAAAACAACUAAUGUUAAUGUGAGAGCUAGACAGCAAACAUUAUCAGUCAUGCCUGUUUGUAUGUUAAUAGAGUUCAUUUAACAGGAUAACACAAUUGUAUGUUUCUCUUAAGGUGCCAGAUUGAAGAUGAGAAAAGUCAACCGGCAACUGUGCAUAAACAGUGAUGUUGA